AUGAGGAGCGUAAACUUGACGUCCAUGUUGCGUUGCAGGAUUGGUGGUGGUGGAUCAUCUGGAUUGACGAGCAGCCGAGGAGUGGUUCGAGGGAUGGGUAGCAGCGUGACGCGAUGGACGGCGACGGGGACGGCGACGGGGACGGGGACGGGGACGGAAAAAGCGUCGUCAGCGCUGGAUGAACUUUCGUCGUCGAUCGAGAGGCUUGCACGAACGCGGGCGGAAGCUUCGGCAGCGACGCUGUCGAAUGCAUCUGCGUCCGGCUCGGUACACAACCCGCGUUCGCCCACCAAGGAGCGUCAGACAGUCUCGGGCCGUGCGUUCAUGAACGGUCAUUACUACAACCCGUCCACUCUCACAUACGAAUCCAUCACGCAACGACCGAACCGCACAGCCCGCGCUCUGCUAGGCCCCACAAAAGCAGAAGCGCUUAAACACGAUCUUAUCCACAUCAAUCGACUCAACCCGGCGAAACCAAGCCUGCACGACGACAGCUACAAGAACGCGGCGAUCCUCGCCAACUACGUGACUGAAAUGGGCAAGAUCAUGCCGAGAGCAAGCACAGGACUGACGAGAAAGAGCCAGAGACUCGUAGGUAAGGCUAUCAGGAGGGCGAGGAGUAUGGGCCUCUUGCCCGUCAUGAGCCGCGGUGGAACAAGGAUCAGUGGCGCCGGUUGGAAGUGA